CGCCCCGGCAGCGKCAGGAGGGUUCCCCGGGAGGGAGUAUCGUGAUGGCGCCGCUGCUGCUGCUSCUCCUGGCGCUGCUUCCCGCRGCUGCCGCGGUGUACCUGUGCUUCGUGCGGCGGUACACGGGCAGCGCAGGGGCCGUGCUGCACCGCCGGGGGCCGCGCCAUGCCGGACCGUCUCGCCCGCCUCAGGACACGUGGGCUCCGCGGCUGUGCGGCGCCGGGCUGCGCCUCUUCGUCCAUGUGGCCAACACGGCUUUUGGACAGAUCUGCUUACUGCCAUUCUURAUGAGGAUAAACAACUUCUCGCUUAUGCGUUCCCUUGACAUUCAUGAAGAUCCCACAUUUAUCCCAGAGGUUGCUGCAGAGGUUGUGGAAGACGAGUCUGAGGCUAAAAGCACUUCAGAUGUUAUCAAGCAGCUGACAGAUGCAAGGUCUGAUGCUGCUAGGAACGGGUUUAGUUUCAAAGGGAUCAAAGACUAUCUGGAAUGCUAUAGGAGUGGGAAGCUGACACCAUCCCAGGUAGCCAAGAACAUCAUUGCCACGUUGGAGGACUCUGACAAAUACACACCCCCACUCAGAGCCAUAGUGCAAUGGGACAAGGAGCAAAUAAUGCAGAUGGCUGAGGCCUCCACUGCUCGUUACAGGAAUAAAUGUACCCUGUCUUGUCUGGAUGGCAUCCCAGUGUGUCUGAAAGAAGAGUUCAAAGUGGUACCUUACCAUCACCGAGUGGGAACAGUGUAUCUUGGGACAAAGCCAGAAACAGAAGAUGCUACUGUGGCCAGGAAGCUGCGAGAGGCUGGGGCUAUCAUUAUUGGGGUCUCAAACAUGCAUGAACURGGGACUGGAACAACUGGAUGCAACCCUAAUAGGUACCACAAGAUCCCUAGGAAUCCCUACAAGCCUAACCACUUCACGGGUGGGAGCUCCAGYGGGUCAGCAGCAGCUGUAGCAGCAGGUCUCUGCCCCGUGGCUAUUGGCACAGAUGGAGGAGGCUCUGUGAGGAUUCCUUCUUCAUUCUGUGGUGUGGUGGGGCUGAAAGGUACGUUUGGGCGGAUCAGUUGUCAUGGCAGCUUACCCCUCUCCUACUCCACAGUCAGCGUAGGCCCUAUCUGCACAUCAGUGGCAGAUGCAGCCAUUGUUUACAGUAUCCUUGCUGAGCCAGACCCGCUCUAUCCCUAUGGACUAAAACAGCCCAAAGCAACCCUGUCUGAUAUGUGUGCUCCUGACCUGAAAGGCUUAAAACUGGGAGUGGACUGGACAUAUUUUAAGGCAUGUGAUGCUGAAGUGCUGUGCGCCUGUGAGAAAGCCGUGGAGCACCUGCAGAGUUUGGGAGCCAGCGUGGUUGAAGUCUCUCUUCCAGAGAUGGAGGAAGCACGAGUGGCUCAUGUGAUCUGCAUUCUCAGUGAGAUGAGGGAUUUCCUGCAACCUGACUUCAAUAAACAUUUCUAUGAAAUGAAUUUGGAAACCCGGGCUAGCCUGGCCUUGGCUUCCCAGUUCACAGCUCUGGAUUAUAUUAAGGCAAAUCGACAGAGAACUCGAAGCAUGAGAUUUUUGCAAGAGAUCUUCAGCACUGUGAACUGUAUCCUUACACCAGCUGUUCCUUCUACUGCCCCAAGAAUUUAUGAAUCUGACCUCUUGACUGGGAGCAGUGAUAUGUCCUUCACAGUCCGGUCCAUGAGGUUCAUGCAGCUUGGUAACUUCACUGGGAUUCCAGGCCUUGUAGUCCCCAUUGGAUAUUCCACUGCUGGGCUUCCUAUUAGUCUCCAGGUCAUGGCAAAAUGGUGGGAUGAAGCUGUUCUUCUGAGGAUUGGCCUAAAGCUAGAGCAGUUCCGUGAGCAGACCAAAAAACCAUCCAUUUAUUAUGACAUCCUUGCAUGAUGGAGCAACCAAGAUGRGGAAGAAGUCUGUUUUUUCCUAGUCUGACGUGACCAAGUAUUAGAGUGAACUUGUUUUCAGUGUUCAUCUGAAUAAGGCUUAGUAGCAGGCCCAUUUGAGGAAUGGGGACAAACCACUGAUCUAAUCAGGCACUGAUGCUGAGAGCAGACAUAUUUUCUGCUCCCUGUUUGGUGGAUGGUCCAGUAUAUACUAGGGAGACUAACUGUGCUAGCUAGUUGGAUUUUUGCCAACUGGGGAAGCUGCAAAUAUCUUUUACAGUUUCUUUCCAUGGAGGGGGGUCCUGUGUAUGAGUGGAAGACAGUUGCAUCUACAGGACUACAUGCAGGCAGUUCAUAUUACAGUACAUGGAAAGCUACAAUCUCUACCUUAACCUUCUCAUGGAACUCCUCCUCCUUCAGGAUAGAACAAAUGUACUGUUUCCAAAGGGGAAAGGCAGCAAGUAAUGCCUAGCUCUCUUGGAAUGAUGAGGAUCUUAACACACCUGCACUUAGGCAGUGUUUGUUUUGGCCCUGUACUUAUUCACUGGGAGCAAACCAUAAAGCCUGUAGCUAUGGAAGUGUUGCUGUGCUAUUGUUUCCAGCUGCCAGCAGUGCAAGGUCAGCCCAACAGUUGCAGUCUGGGUGUGCUCACUGCCCCUGAGUCCUGCUUACCUUCAGCCUGGCAUGCAAGGCAAGGAAAAGCCAGACCAUGAACCCUCAUCAACUCCAACCCAAAGCCCAGGUGCAGGGUUCUGGCUUUCUUCURCACAUCUCCAUUUUCCAAGCUAAGCCUUGGAGAGCUUCUUUCCUCCUGCUGGUUGCUCAUUAUAUAAGCCUGCUGUCAUCUAGAUGCMCAAAUGGAAGAAACUACGGGAUAAUGCUGUGCAAUACUCUUUAUGGGGUUUAGAGCCAGCUAUUAAAAACAAGUGAAAUUUGAAAAAAUGCUACUGCACUACUGCAAAAAUUGAAGCUGGGUGCAAGAAAGGUGUCGCACAAAGCCACAUGCAGCAAAGAGCCUGCUCUACRUAAGAAGCCAAUCCUCUCUUAUCUUUAAAGUACUUCCUAAAGUAAUCAAGGUGGAUAUGGAUUACUACAUAAAGCAUCACAGGGCUGUAAGCCAUAGUGUUGUUUUAUUGCAAGACUCCAGACUGUAAAUUCCCUAGUACCUUUGACCUGCCAGCAACACUGGGGCCACGAGAAAGAAAAGGCUUAGGAGUAACUAAACCUAAGCAUUUGUGUUCAUUUUUGGGUUAAUGCUCAGUUACCUCAGGCAUCCUGGACUUGUGAUCAGGCUGCUGGAGCAGCUGUCCUACAGCCAGCAGAGAUCACUCUAUUCUUAKGUAGCUUGGAAGGAAAGAAUAAAUAGAAAAUAGUUGCAGUUUCUCCCAAACACAGUACAGUUUUGGAUUUUUUUCCCCAUACCUAUGUACUCCUUAACCAGAGCUAGCACUUUACUAAUGGCUGAGGUUGAGGCAUCUGAAUGGACAAACAUUGCUUUGCUGUCCCCUGCUUUAYUACCUGAGUUAAAGCAUCAACUUCUACCAUCAGCUGUCACCAGCAUGCACAGUUAAUUGUACAGUUGAUACUGCUGCUUUGUAUCUUUAAUUCCUCUAUGGGAUAUGGCACAACUGUUUUUUCAGUCAUUUUUUCAGUCUUUUUUUCAUUAGUAUAGCUCAUCUUUAUGAAGAACAAUUUCUAAGCAAAGUAUUUCCUCUGUUAUUAAUGGUAAGUUAUUAACACUACCAACAUACAUUAGAAUGAAACUGCUGAAAUGUAGUUCUUAGCAAUUAGGGAGUUGGUAGUGUUUCACAAUAAUAAAUUUCAGCUAGGAACAUUACUGCUUGAAAGAAAUAGCUGAAUAUUUCCUAAUUCUAUGGUAUUACUCAAGGAAUUAGAGCUAAAUGGCUAAAUAUUCAAUUACCAUCCUGCUAGAUAAAGCUAUUUAUUUCCAAUCCCUUCCUAAAUGCUACACAUCCCUAAAAUUAUUAUUUCAAUAUUUACUUCAUUCUCUGGCAUGGUGAGGGAGCUCAGGUUGCUAGGAGGAGAGAGGCUAA